CAGUCAGUCUUUUAUUUCAUUCCACAGCUUGCCCAUCGAAAAAGUAAAGCAAAAACAACAAUCAUCCAUCGAAGUGAAGUUACAAGUUACAGACAUAAAAGACAGAAAAACGUAUUCUAUAAGCCACGAAUCCUGAGAGGCAUUUCGACACUUCAUAAUAGUGAAUCUGUUUGUUCAGAAUCUUAUCCCCAAUCUGAAGAAAAUCUCAUAAAAGUUGUGUUUCGUUCAACAUCCCGCAGUGGAAAAAUGGAGUGAUCUUUCUCGAUACCCUCUCAAAAGUGGCGAGGUGUAGUAGAUUGCAGCUUGGAGGACAUCCUAUCGUAAAAAGCUUGCUUGCAUAAUACAGUGUCAACACCGCACCAUUGAAAAGUGUUCGUAACCAAGGACGAUGCCGUUGGAUAGUGGCGUAGUGGGAGGCGGUGGAGCAUCCUCCGACAGAGUGAAGCAAAUUCCGUCCUCCGUCGGGUGCGUUUGCGGGGGAACUGUCGGUUCCGCAGUUAGUGUCACUGGUUCCGUAGUUGGUGUUCCGAGCGGUGGAAAACAGCUGUCGGCUAAGAAAUCACUGAAAUUAUCCAGCUUGACGGAUGACAUGAUUGGGCCCCCGUCGGCCACCGGAAGCCACCAUGAGGAAUCGUUUCGGACGCGAUUGCACCAUCUGUUUGCACAGAUUGAGAGGGAGUUCGAUUUGCUACACGCAGAAAACCUGAGCCUGCAGGAGAAGCUAGAGACCGUGGCCGGCACGCCUCGUGACUCUACGGUUGGUGAACGCUUGCCCCUGCAGGAUUCCUACGAAGCGGAUGGUGCAGUCAACAAGAGCUUCAAAUCUAAGCUGGGGAGCGCGGGAAGCAAGGUAAAAGCUAGUCACAAGAUUCGAGCGCAAACCAGUCGAAUUGUGUCCAGCUUUAAAGCACAAUCGGUAGUAAGUUCAUUGGUCAGGGAGUUCGUCGGCCAUAAGGAUGGUGUUUGGCAGGUUAGCACUAAAACAGGUCAGCCGAUCAUCGGCACAGCCUCGGUCGAUCAUAGUGCAUGUAUCUGGGGAAUUGAUACGGGUCGCUGUCUGCUGCAAUAUCAGGGUCACAGCGGAUCGGUAAACUCGAUUAAGUUUCAUCAUACCCGCGAUUUGGUACUUACUGGAAGUGGCGACGCAACGGCACAUAUCUGGCAGGCGGCCGUUAACUGGGAGGUCCCUUCAAGAAAAGGACACUCGUCUGAAGAAGAACUGGAUGACGAGGAAGAACCAUACGAAGAGAAGGAGCGAAUCGACGUUUUACGAACUCCCAUCUGCGAAUUUUCCGGUCCAGGUGGACAUACGUCAGUUGUGGUGGCAGCUGAUUGGCUUCCUGGUGGAGAUCAACUCAUUACCGCCAGCUGGGACCGAACGGCUAUUUUAUGGGAUGUUGAAACUAGAGAACCGCUGCAGCCGCUUUGCGGCCACGAUCAUGAAUUGACGCAUGCAUCAGCUCAUCAGAGUCAACGGCUGGUGGUUACAGCUUCGCGGGAUUCAACUUUUCGCUUGUGGGAUUUCCGAGAUCCGAUACCGGCGGUGUCGGUCUUUCAGGGACAUACAGAGAGUGUAACAUCCACCGUAUUCACCCGUGACGACAAGGUCGUCUCCGGUUCGGACGAUCGCUCGGUCAAGGUUUGGGAGCUACGUAAUAUGCGUUCGGCGCUGACGACUAUCCGAACGGACUCGGCAGUCAACCGGCUGGCCGUAUCGGCGGGCGGAGUCAUUGCCAUACCGCACGACAACCGUCACAUACGGUUGUUCGAUCUGAACGGGCAGCGGAUUGCCCGGUUGCCGCGAACCAGCCGUCAAGGGCACCGGAGGAUGGUAUCGUCGGUGGCCUGGACCGAGGAUAUCAGCUCGUCGGUGUGCAAUCUGUUUUCGUGUGGUUUCGACCGGCGCGUGCUUGGCUGGGCCGUCUGCUUGCCACCGAAGGACAACUGAAGCGUCGCUAGCGCCCGCAGAGAACUGAGAACCUUCGAAUGACACAACUCGGUGAGCUCAGGCCAAAGCAAAACCCACGAUCUUACCUAACCACACCGAAAAUAAUAUCAGGACUAUCAGAUGCCUUCAUAAUUACAUCUUUGGAAGCAGCUAGUAGAGUUUUACACCACAUGCACCAUUAAACGA